AUGGUCCAGGCUUGCUGGGAUUGGGGAGAGAAUGGAGACUUCGCUGCGAACCUGGAACGACCAGAAUCGCCGCCUAAACCAGAUGACCAUCGCCGCAACCUCGAGUGGCAAACCGGACCUAUGGAAGGUGAAUAUAUGGAGAGGCUUUCGACAGAGAAAGUUUUGACAGACCUUGGCAACAUUUUUGGAUUGAGCUUGAGAUUUAGAAGCAACAUGACGUUGGAUGGUCUCCUGAAAUUGCUCUUGGGACAGAGACUCGACGACAAGCUACAUGCUCUGUCAAUUCUCGAAUCGUACUACCACGAAACCGCAAAGGGCUACCACAGCCGCAGGGAUGAGAUCAGAUCUAGAGGGAUCAUGCGAUGGCUUCAGGAUAGUAUGGAGCUGCAAGGAGAGCCUCGUAACAUGUCAUCCAGUCAGAGGCCUCGACACCCAGGCUGGGGAGGGAACCUUGCCCGCACGUGGGAUCUCUUGACCCGGGACGACCUCCACGGAGACAAAGUGGACGAGUUCUUUUCGCCUUCGCCAUCGCUGGGCUCUUUCUGGAGGCCUGUUUCGCCCGCCACGAGAGCAAAUUGGGCGCCGCUGCUCGACUUAGUGAGGGAGACGCGGGAACGGCUUUUCCCGCUGCAGGAGACCUUUACGGCCUAUACCAGCCUCGAGGAAAGCCUGAAGAAGUUUUCAGUCAAUCAAGAUGGGUGGGAAAAGAUCUGCGUCGUUUGA